GAUCCGCACCUCCUCGCCGCUCCGACGCUCGCAGUCUUGGAAGCCGCCUCCCCGGCUCCCCCUGCAUUCCCCAGUUUCCUUCCCCGCCUGGCCGCCUAGACCCCGCCCAAAACCCCCAACGUCGCGCGGGGGCCGGGGAGCGAAACGAACCCCCAGCCUAACCAUGUCGCCCUCCGGAUUCACCGGUUCUAUCUAUCCCUAGGAUCCUUGCAAUUGACACGGCCUCCCGCCGCCGCCACCAAUGGGGAAGCGGCCGCCGGUCGUCGUCCUCUCAUCUUCCUCCGGCGAAGAUGACGGCGGGGGGCGCCGCGGCCCUUCGGCGCGGAGGUCGAGGACGCCUGCGUCGGCGCCGGCGCGGGCGCAGUCUCAGGCAGCGAGCGGCUCCAGGAAAAAGCCGCGCCGCGAGAGCAGCGCGGGGAGGGGACGCCGCCGCGCCUCGGGACCCGCGCCGUUGGACUCCUUGAAGGCUGAAUUUGAUAUGCUCUCAGAAGAUUUUUCAGAAUGUUUUGAUGACUUGGGUAUGUCAGGAUCCAUACGGAAAACGAAAGAGCUUUGGGUUGACAAGUACAAACCCCACUCAUUAGCAGAGCUGGCUGUUCAUAAAAAGAAGGUCGAAGAUGUAAAGAAAUGGUUUGAAGAGAAGCUGACAGCACCAAAGCAAACAGUUGGAGGAUGGACUCUUGUCCUAACUGGGCAAACUGGCGUUGGAAAAUCAGCAACUGUGAAAGCGAUUGCUGAAGACCUUGGAGUGGACUUAUGUGAGUGGACAACUCCAGUGCCAACACUGUGGGCUGAACAUGUUCAUGCUAAUUCAGGAUUACGCUAUAUAUCCAAGCUGGAAGAAUUUGAAAACUUUGUGGAGAAGAUAAGGAAAUAUGCAAUGCUUCAUCCAACCAGCAUCACAUCCCAAAGAAAGCUUAAUAUUAUUCUGAUUGAUGACAUCCCUGUAACAAGUGGAAAUGCUGCUUUUGCAAGACUAGGAAAAUGCUUAACUGGUUUGAUUCAUAGCACACAAGUACCAACUGUCAUUUCACUUACUCACUAUCACAAAAGUGAGAGUAAUGAUACUGCAAUGUGGAACUCUGAGGACCUUGAGUCCUUACUUCAAGAUGCUGGUGCUCAUAAGAUUGCUUUCAAUCCAGUAACCACAAAUUCGAUCAAGAAAAUUCUUAUGCGAAUAUGCAAAGAAGAAAGAUAUGAUGCAUCUGAAGAACUACUGCAUCAAAUAGCAAUAUCCAGUGGAGGUGACAUCAGACAUGCAAUAAUGUCUCUUCAAUACUAUUGCCUUGAUCCUAGAAGGCAUAGUUCUGCACUGGCAACAAAUGGUACUCGUGCUGGUUCAAAGAGCCGUGAUUCUCUGGUUCCACGGCAGGAGAGCUAUGGCCUCAGCAGUGCACUAUCCUCUCCAUGUGGAAGAGAUGAGACACUUACACUAUUUCAUGCAUUGGGGAAAUUUUUGCACAAUAAGAGGGAAAUUAAUGGUGGUGUUGAUAUCGACCUGGAUCCAUUCCCUCUUAAAGAAAAGCUAAGAAGAAAUUUACUCAAAAUGGAUGUUCCUGAAAAGAUUCUUUCACAAGCACACGGAAAAGUACGGACAGUCGCAGAUUUUCUUUAUGAAAAUGUUCUUGAUUUCAUUGAUAAUGAAGCUGUUGAUGAUGCAUGGGCUGUGGUAUCGUAUUUGAGUGAGGCAGAUUGUCUUCUUGCUGGCAGUCCAAUCACAUCAUACAACUCAGAAAACAUGGCACAACUCAUUGCUGCAUCUGUUACAGCACGAGGGGUUCUUUUUGGAAAUGCUCAUGUUGCUUCCUCGAGGUGGCAUACUAUCCGGAGCCCAAAGCUUUGGCAAACUGAGCAGUCAUUUCGAUCUAAUAAGGACCAGAUUUUAAAUGAAAGAUUUGAUUGUUCAAGUUCCUGUGCUUCCUGCAACUUCUCUGACUUGGUCACAGAAUUCAGACCCUUGGAGAGAUGGAUUGGUCCUCGCAACAAUGGGCCUAUAAGCAGCUCAUGGCAUCAUGGUGUAGGUGGCUCGCACUUGGUCAAUAAACUCGAUGCUGAUGGAAGUAACUAUGAAGAGGAAGAUGAUGACGUGAUAGAAGAAUGCUAAAAGUUAGAUCAUGCACAGUGCAUUAUCCUAUGAGCCGCCGCCAUGUCGUUGAUGGAUGCUGCAUAGCUGAUUUUGUAGUGGUUCAGUUGAAGACUAGAGCAGGCAAUGCGGUAGGAUAGCUCUCACCAAAUGUUAGAGCAGGUGCCAAUGCUGGAUGUUCAAUUUUGGCGAGCUGAUUUAUCAUGUUCAUAGCUACAAAUGAUGGCUGACGCUACAGAAUCAUUUAUUCUAACAUGUGAAUCAUCUGAACCGGUUUCCGUUUCCCUUCCACA